AGUUCGAUAUUGCGAACCUUCCACCAAUGAAACGCGAUGCUGAGGAUCUGGAACCAGAAUUCGGUAUGAAUUCGGAUAAUGAGUCAGCUGAGGCCGGUCAGCCACAGAAGAAAAUGCGGUUAGAUGACGAUAAAGCCCGGAAAUGGAGAGAGACGUGUUCAACACCGAGCGGAGUGCCUGAUGAGCAACUAGAGAUUGUGCAGCAUGCUUUAGAGCUAUCAUCAAGUACCCUGGAUAUCGAGCUCAAACCAGAGUCAUUUGUCGCCUAUCCUAAACCUGGGGCUGAUGAUGCGCAUAAAUACGGGUACUUGCAGAAUUGUCCUCCAGCUAGCCUGCUGGGAUCUGGAGAGAAAGGCCAUGUGAAAGGGCUUAUAGUGUGCGCUAGUGCUACCAGGGUGAACGAAGUUGCGAAGGAACUCGAGAAAGAUUGCGGAAUUCAGAACUCUAAGAUAGCACGUGUAGCAUUUACUGGAAGAGGAAGACGUAAGGAGCAAAAGGCUGCUCACGAGCUGGCCUUGCAGAAGGCUACUCUAUGCGUGACCGUCCCUGGACGAUUGACGAGCAUCACCGAACUCGGAGAGCUGGAGCUGAUUAUACUGGACAUCAGCACGGACGUCAAAGGCCUCAGUCUUCUCUCACAGCAGCAGUCCCGUGAUUCGCUACUUGAAUGGUUCACUUCUGACGCGGCAGCGGAGAUACGGCAGCGGAUCGCUAAAGACGACACCGCCAUAAUGCUGUUUUAACUCAACGUUACCAGGUU